ACGGUCAAAUCAUCCCCCACAAAUCUCCCCCUUUCUCUCUCCAGAAAAAUCUGCGGACGGAAUCACACGCGCCGGCGGCGCAGAGAGGAGAGAGAGAGAGAAUCCAGAAUCCAUGGCCAGGAGGGGAGGCUGGAGGCCGAGGAGGAGGAAGGCCUCGACCUCAGCGGCGGACGGCGACGGCGAUGCCGGCGGCGCGGCGGAAGGCGGGCGCCCGCCACCGAAGGGACAGGGGGCCGCCACAGCUGCCGGCGGCGGGUUCUUCUGCUGCUACCUGCUCCGGUCCCUGUGCCCGCGCAGCAAGAUCCGGACGUACAUCGGGUUCACGGUGAACCCGCGCCGGAGGAUCCGGCAGCACAACGGCGAGAUCGCCAGCGGCGCGUGGCGGACGCGCCGCGGGCGGCCGUGGGAGAUGGUGCUCUGCAUCUACGGCUUCCCCUCCAACGUCGCCGCGCUCCAGUUCGAGUGGGCGUGGCAGCACCCGGCGGAGUCCCUCGCCGUGCGCAAGGCCGCGGCCGAGUUCAAGUCGCUCGGCGGCAUCGGCAACAAGGUCAAGCUCGCCUACACCAUGCUGAACCUCCCCUCAUGGGAAAGCUUGAACCUGACGGUGAAUUUCUUCUCCUCGAAGAACACCAAGUUCACCGCCGGCUGCCCGUCGCUUCCGAGCCAGAUGAAGACUGUCGUCUGCGCGAUGGAGGAUCUGCAGUGCAGUGCCGAGGGCCCCUCAUCUGAGGACGACGACUUAAGCCAGGAUCCUCAAGACCAGCAAGAACAGUCUGAUUCGCCUCUCCAAGAUGACGAACACUCUCAACAUUGUUGGCAGCAACCGUCUGAUUCACCUCUCCGAUACGAACACUCUGAACUUUGUUGGCAGCAACCGUCCUCUGAUGAAGAUGAACAGUCUGGACAUUGUUGGCAGCAACCGUCCUCUGAUGAAGAUGAACAGUCUGGACAUUGUUGGCAGCAACCGUCCUCUGAUCAAGCGCAGCCAAUGGUUGGGCAAACAGGAAUUGCAGGACCUGAUGUUGAGGAAGACCCCAUUGACGGGUUUGGUCCAAGAAAAUGGAGCGAAAUCCUUGACAUAAGAACAGAAGUGGAUGAACCAAGAACAUCGCCUCGAUGUUCCUUGAGCCUGAGUGGCGAUGAUUGUGGAACAGCCACGGAAGAUGAGCCAGGACACCUGUCCCCAUUGCUGAUGUUCGGUGCUGCUGGUUCAGAUGAUGGUGGUGGCCAUAUCCUCGAUGGAAGUGCUGAUGUGGUGGACCUGGUUACCCCAACCCCUGUAGGCCGGCUGCGGAGAAGAGGCUGCGUCGCCAGCGUUUGCCCAAAGAUCAUUGAUCUGACGUCAUCACCUGUUGUUAUUCAGUUGUAGUGCCUUGCUGCAUUCCAGAUUUCCAGUGUGCUGAACCUAUCUUGUAAUAGUUACUCCUGCAUUGUUACAUGAUGAAUAAGUUGAAGAGUGUAUGUUGUAUAAUUACGGGAGAAAGAGCAUUCUUUUACGAGGAUCUUGCAAUUGGUGGUAUGUUACUCAGCAAGGCAUAUGAGGGAGUGGAAGUACCUGGCAUAUUUUCCUUGAAAGAAAUUGGAUCAUCGAUGUUGUGAAAACAAA